AUGGAUCGUGGAGAGAUUUUGGGUUUGAGUGUUAACGCCUUAAAGGCAAAAUUGACUGAGUUGGAGUUAGAUACUCAAGGGUUGAAGGACGAUUUAAGAAGAAGACUUUUGGGACAUUAUGGGAUGGACUUUACUCACUUGAACGAGGAGGACGGCGCCUGUGCAGGCGGUUCUCCCGAUGAUGACAAAGACGGUAGAGAUUUCCCCAUGCAUAAAAGCAUGUACACGCUCAAGGAUGUGGAGGGUAGUUUGUCACAGUUUUCGGGCACAAGCACACCUGACGUUAUUCAGUGGCUUAACGAGGUUGAGGAAAUGGGUACUAUAUUAAAGUGGUCGUCGCUUCAAAUGUAUGUCUACGGAAAGCAAUUGUUGGAAGGUGCGGCAAAGACAUUUAUUAAAAGUCAACGUGGUAUCUGUGAUUGGCACUCAUUAAAGGCGACUCUAAAGGAAGAAUUUGGUGAACGUUUCUCAGCAGCGGAAGUAAAUCGACAAAUUCGCAACAGACGCCUUAACAAAAGUGAAUCACUGAUCGAAUAUCUAUAUAGCAUUAUGGAGCUUGGAGCACAAAUCGAUCUGGAUGAAAAAAGUGUGGUAGAGUUCUUCAUAGAGGGAAUCCCUGAUUCCAAAUUUAAUAAGACAGUGUUAUAUCAAGCAGAAACUAUAGGCGAGUUGAAGAAACAGAUAAAAGUGUAUGAGAAAACACGAUCCUUCCCUAAGUCGUCAUACAAAGGGAAAGAUGCAGUGGCCACUGAGAAGAAAGCUGACAACUCUAAAGUCGAUAUAGAUGGAAAGGAAAAAAGGUGUUUCAAAUGUGGAGGAAAAUCCCAUCUCGCGAGGGACUGUCCGGAGAAACAAACUAAAUGUUUCAAGUGCAGAGGUUUUGGCCAUCGUUCGUUCGAAUGUCCUGUUAAGAAAACUGAUAACAAAACUAAAAGCGAAGGUGAUCAGGCAAACAUGGUACGUAAGGGCCCAGGGUUGUUAUUUAAAGAUAUCACAAUUAGAGGUAAAACCUUAUCUGCGUUAUUCGAUACGGGAUGUGAUCUGUGUCUUGUGCGUGUCGAUAUGCUGUUCGUUAUGGGCGAAGUUGAUUUUAUGCCGGAAAGAGUUACAUUGUAUGGUGUUGGUGAUAGCGAAAUUGUCACAAUGGGUCGUUUUGAUGAGGUAGUCCGAAUUGACGAUUUAGAUUUCGAGGUUAGAUUUUAUGUCGUAGGCGAACGUGAUAUAUUACACUCAAUUAUGUUGGGCAAUAGCUUAAUACGCAAGGCAGAAAUAACGAUUACAGAAGGUGAGGUUAUUUUCAAGAAAGCAGCUGAAAGAAAUUUGCUACUCGAAGAAUUUUCAGGCAUAUGUUUAAAUUUGGACGAGUAUAAACCGAGUACCGAAGUUAAUAUUGAUCACUUGAAUAGAUCCUUUAAGACUAAAGUGAUUCAAGCCAUAACUGAAUACAAACCUCAGAUGAAUGUACAAAGCCCAGUGAAGAUGAAUAUUGUUUUAAAAGAUGACUUACCAGUGUAUCAACGUCCCAGACGUUUACCAUUCGCCGAUCAGAAGGUGGUAGACCAACAAGUUUCGGAUUGGUUGACAGACGGUAUAGUGCAGGCCAGUACAUCGGAAUACGCAUCGCCAAUCGUCCUAGUUUCUAAGAAAGACGGUUCAAAACGAUUGUGCUGUGACUACAGGAAGUUAAAUCAAAAAAUAGUUCGUGAUAAUUUCCCCAUGCCACUAAUGGACGAUGUCUUAGAUAAGCUACAGGGUGCGAAUUUCUAUACAACGUUGGAUCUCCGAAAUGGAUUUUUCCAUGUGCCUUUGGAGAAAUCAUCAAGAAAAUAUACCGCAUUCCUGACUCACAAUGGGCAAUAUGAGUUCUUGUUCGUUCCUUUUGGGAUAAGCAAUUCCCCAGCGGUGUUUACUCGAUUUUUAUCGGCAGUUUUUAAAGAUCUCAUACGAAAUGGCACGGCGAUAGUGUAUAUGGACGACAUCAUCAUUCCCUCCAAGGAUAUGAUCGAGGGCCUGGAAAAGUUUAUGGUAGUGUUAGAGCGUGCGGCAUCAAAUGGAUUACAGAUAAAGUGGGAGAAGUGUCAGAUUUUGCAGUCAUCUGUGAAAUUUCUUGGCUAUAUUAUAAAGAAUGGUUCAAUAAAACCUGCGGUGGAGAAGAUAAGGGUGGUUAAAGACUUUCCGAUACCUACCGAUCAGAAGAUGAUGCAGCGAUUCCUAGGGCUAACGUCAUAUUUUAGACGUUACUAA